GAAACCGAACGCUGAAAGAAAGUUAAAAUAACUGAGGCACCACUAAGCCAAGGGGGGCUGAUUGCAGAAGAGGGUAAACAAUUACUGAGACGCUAGAAGACCACUGCUGGAUGUAAGGGGACGAAAUGGCUUUGAUCUCCGCCUGGCCCCUCAUUUCUCCUAUAUUAUUAUUUUUGAGAUGCUUCUCCUCCAGCACAGCCUCGAGUGAGGGAGGCGUUUUCCAAUUUGACAUUGAAGGUAGCUCAGCGGUCAGCACGCAAGAAGCCACUGUUAUCAGAGGGCAGCAGCAGGCAGUAGCUACUGGAAGUUGGGUGCCUUUCGCUGAGGGAUGCCAAGAAGGAUUUUACCAUACCAGCUCAGGAAAAUGCUCUCCUUGCAACUGUAACGGUAAUGCAAAUAGAUGCCUCGAUGGAUCUGGAAUCUGUGUGGACUGCCAGAGAAACACAACAGGAGAGCACUGUGAGCAAUGUCCGGAUGGCUUCAUUGGUGACGUCGUCAGAGGAGUGCCCACGUUCUGCCAGCCCUGCCCCUGCCCCCUGCCAGCACUUGCCAACUUUGCAGUCUCCUGUUACAGAAAAGGCGGAAGCGUGCGCUGUGUCUGUAAGGAAAACUAUGCAGGACCCAACUGUGAAAGGUGUGCCCCUGGUUACUAUGGAAACCCUUUGCUAAUUGGAAGCACUUGUAAAAAAUGCGACUGCAGUGGCAACUCAGACCCAAACCUGAUUUUUGAAGACUGCGAUGAAGUGACUGGCCAGUGCCGCAACUGCCUGCGCAACACCACUGGGUUCAAGUGCGAGCGAUGCGCUCCGGGUUACUAUGGGGAUGCAAGAUUCGCUAAAAACUGUACAGAAUGUAACUGUGGCGGAAGAAUGUGUGACAGCCAGACUGGGGAAUGCCUCGCUGACAGUCCUGAGGUUUCUACCGGCACAGACUGCCCAACCAUCAGCUGUGACAAAUGUAUUUGGGAUUUGACAGACGACAUCCGAUUAGCAGUUCUGGCUAUUGAUGAAAGCAAAUCAACUUUACUGAGCAUUUCUACAGGUGUUGCAGCUCAAAAGCGCUUGAAUGACCUGAACCUCACUGCUACCCAUCUCCAGGAGGCAAUGUCCAAAAAAAAGAAUCAUGCUGUGCUUUGGACCAUGCAAGUCGAUGAUGCUGCAGAUGAAAUGAAUGAUCUCCUGAGAGAGGCAGCAACACUUGAUGAACAG